CUGCAAAUCACUUCCUGGAGAGAGAGAGAGAGAGAGAGAGAGAGAGAGAGAGAGAGAGAGAGAGAAGUUUAAGUGAAGGCAAACUUUACAGCAGGGAUUGUGACGCAGUGGUGCAAAUCAAGCUUUCUGGAAGUGAAGUGGGGAGAGAGAGAGAGAGAGAGAGAGAGAUGGAGAGAGAGCGCGAGCGUGCGGGACAGCGCACAGCGUGCACACCGAGUGAGGCGAAGUGAAGCGAAGUGAAGCGCGCGUGCUGCCGUUCUUCUUUUCUUUUUUUUUCUCUCUCUCUCUCAUUUUUGUCUUUCUUUCUUUGCUUUUUUUUUCUUUUCGCGCAAAGUUCGGGCUCGCGGCUCGAGCCGCAGUGACGCAAUCAACAUUUCAGCGCGCGCCGUUUCUGGCUUCUCUGCCUGCGUGACGCAUGAUGGGUGCCAUGUUUAAUUUCCUACUUCACUGAUUUAUAUGAGCCGCUGUGUGUUUGUGUGAACGCGGGCCGCCAUGUCGCAGCUGCUGCACGUGGAGAUCCCGAACUUCGGCAGUGCGGUGCUGGUGUCGCUGAACGAGCAGCGGCUGCAGGGCCUGUACUGCGACGUGUCCAUCGUGGUGAAGGGACAGGCGUUCAGGGCGCAUCGCGCCGUCCUCGCCGCCAGCAGCCUCUACUUCCGUGAUCUGUUCAGCGGCAGCGCCAAGUCCGAAUUCGAGCUGCCUUCUUCCGUCACUCCGGCCUGCUUCCAGCAAAUCCUGUCCUUCUGCUACACGGGGAAGCUGACCAUGGCGGCCAGCGAGCAGCUGGUGGUCAUGUACACGGCCGGGUAUCUGCAGAUCCAGCACAUCGUCGAGAGAGGCAUGGAGCUCAUGUUCAAGGCUAACUCGCCUCACUGUGACUCGGCCACCGCCGCCACAGACGAGACAGGCUCGGAGCCUCAGAGCCCCAACAACAACAACAGCGUAAACAACACUGUAGCAGCUGUGGCGGCGGCAGCGGCAGCGGCCAUGUUGGCUCCUCCCAGCUGGUCACCUUCGCUCCGCAGGGUUAAGACAGAGGGCAGCGAGACGCCGCUCAGCCUCCUGGGAGGAGCCAAGAGGAGUUCUGGGAUGCGAGGAAACUCGUUCUUCUACCCCGGGGUGCCGGGAAUGUACCCCGUCAUGCCCGGAGAGCGAUCCAGCCCCGGAGCGUCCAGCCUGCCCACCACAGACAGCCCCACGUCUUAUCAGAACGAGGAUGAGGAGUUCGAUGAGGAGAACUAUGACGGAAUCGGCGAGGAUACUUUCGCACAGAUGUACAGUCGCACAGCAAAUCCUUACGCAAUGACGGAUAAACCCGAGAUGGUUUCUGUGCCUCUGGAAAGUCGUUCCUGUGUCCUGCUACGCCGUGAUUUGGUGGCGCUGCCCGCUAGCCUAAUUAGCCAGAUCGGCUACCGGUGUCACCCCAAACUCUACACGGAAGGCGACCCCGGGGAGAAACUCGAACUAGUUGCAGGUACAGGAGUGUUCAUGACCAGAGGACAGCUGAUGAACUGCCACUUGUGUGCCGGCAUUAAACACAAGGUCUUAUUGAGGCGACUGCUCGCUACUUUCUUCGACAGAAACACUCUGGCGAACAGCUGUGGGACUGGAAUCCGUUCCUCGACCAGUGACCCGAGCAGAAAGCCUCUGGAUAGCCGAGUUCUGAAUGCUGUUAAACUCUACUGUCAAAAAUUUGCGCCCAACUUCAAAGAGAGUGAGAUGAACGUGAUCGCUGCCGACAUGUGCACCAACGCUCGCCGCGUCCGGAAACGAUGGCUUCCCAAGAUCAAGUCCAUGCUGCCCGAAGGCAUCGACAUGUACCGUGGCUCAGGGGCAGGGCUUAAUCUGGGCGUUCCGUUGACCUUUGACCCAGACUUCAAGCAGCUGCCGCUGUUUGGUGAGCGUAAGGAUGCUGUAAGAACUCAGCAGCAGCUGGACAGCGAGAGCGGAGAGCUCAUCGAGGGCCAGGCGGAGGAGGAAGAGGAGGAGGAAGGAGCCAUGGUCGAGGGAGUGGAGGAGACUUUGGGGGCCAGUUCUCUCCUUAUGGGGGUUGAGGGCGGAGUUCAGGGUCGUCCGGCACAUGACGGACAGGAGGAGCAGGAGUUUGGGGAGGGGCUGAGGAUAAACGGGCAGUGAAAAGCCGCUGCAGAAGCCAGGCUGUGUUUCAAUACUGUUUUUAUUGCACCCUUAUCAAUUUUCCCUAGAUUGAAUGUAGGAAAGGUUGUUUUGGACACGUUAUCAGCUCGAGUGACGUUCCUAAGAUGACCUCGUGAAUGUGAUCAGAUUUUUAUAAACAGUAAAAAAAAAAUAGCAGAAGUAAAAAAAGCAAGAGACUGACACUCACACAGGCCACGCCUCUUUACCCAGGCCUGACACCGGACACGCCUCUUUUAUUGAGACUGAUAGAUAAAGAGGCCUCCAUUACUGAGAGUGACAAUCACAAUAAAAGAGGCGUGGCCUCAGACUAUUCUUCUAAUCCUGAGGUCUGCGUUUCGAAGAAGGUGCUCAUGCAGGUGCGAGGGUUUUCAGGACAAAUUAAAAACAGUACUGAAACACGCUACGCUAACACGUGCAGCAGGGCAUGCUGGGUAAAAUGGGCGUGAAGGACAAACACAGGCAUUGCUUAUGUAAGUAGAAAAGACAGAUUUGCACUCGAACUGAGAAGCACUUCUUUUUUUUCACCAAAACUGCAGCGAAGUGGUUUGUGAAGCCGUGAGGAGGCCAUGCGAGACCUGAAAGUGCCUCAGCGAGAGAUCCCUCUGGAGACUUUUUGCGAUACACUGAAUGUUCUGUAUUUUCCAGGAAAACUAAAACCUCCCACCAAAAUGAAAGCGAUACAUUACUCCAUCGUCCGUGGGGAAAUCACUGUGCAUGUGAACGGCUGCGGCCAGCCGAAGCUCCGACUCUCAGGAUCUCGCUCCCAGAUACAAGAACGAGGUUUUAAAGGGAUUCUCUGUCGUCUUUUAGUCUGAUCUCCAUCCACUGCAUCUCAGGUUUAUUCUCUCUCCGUGAAUCUAUACGCCAUUCCUUAAAUCAAACUUAUUAUAGAGGUCUAAAGGGGCAGUUAUUAAAUUCUGGUCAGAUUUCCUGUUUAUUUUGUAUUUUCCAACCACAGAGCAGUUCAGUAUAAAGUAGUUCCAGUUACUUUACAAGUUCCAGAAUGCUUCCUGGUAUUACUACGCCAUCAGGAAAAGUAGUUCCAUGUUACAUGGAAACUAGCAGAUACGAUAGUUCACCCGUUGCUAUGGCGAUAAACGGGAAUAAAAUUCACCUGACAAAAUGUGAAAUCCGAUUCACCGAAAAGGGAAAGGACGAGUGACGUGUAUUUGCGGUUGCUUUACUGACCAAUCACAGCUCAGUCCUGUGAGCCAAUAGAAAAUUAGUUCUCAUUUCCCUCAUAUCAUUUAAAUUUUGCUUUAUUUUGAGCAAUUUUGCCUAAUUUAAUGAUUUAUAUUAAUAUCAGCAGUAAAAGUUUAACAGGCAGGAAUUUUCUUUAUGCUGUUCACGCGUUAAGGAUCGAUCCUUCAUCCCGCGUUCGUUAGCGUUCUCUGUUACACCGAUCAAUAAUCUACGGAUUUCCGAAAACUUCAGGAUUUUCAUCUGCUUUUAUAUUUCCAUCGCUCAUCAGAGAUCCUCAUCUGUUUUUUCAGCUGCCGAUUAAACUGGGUUCCUGACGCUGGGUGACAGGCUGCAGAUGUGAUGUGUGGAGAGUUUCAGGAGAUGAGAGUUUCUCUUUAAUGACUGAAGCAAUGCCUGUGUUUGUUAAAAAACAACCUGGACCGUCGUUCACAAUCAGACUGAAAGAAAGAAGAGCGCUUUUUCCCGGGAGACGGACCGCGUACCUACGGGACACGGCAGAAUGCUUCCAGCCGGGACGCUUGCAUGCAAAACGAAAAUAAUAAUGAUACGAUUCACAGAACCACAGCGUCGGAAAUGAAAUGCGGACCGUUCUAUCAUUUUAUUUUCUUUUAUUUCCCUCCAGCAUCUGGACUGUAGAAAAACAAUCCAGCUGAUUUUCACUGUGAGGGUCAGAAGAAAAGUUUUUUUUUUGUUUUGUUUUGGCUUAUGGUUCUCUACUGUAAAUUAUUUAAGAUGAGACUGUCGGCAUUUUAUGUUUUUUUUUUUUUUUUUGCUGGCUUUUUUUGUUUUGCAUUUGCACUUGAACUGAGGGAGUGGAUGGAAGAAAGCGAAGUGACUCGAGCUCUUCAGCCGUUUUGUUCUCCCUCGAAAGCGAUAGAAAAAAAAAUCUGACGAAGAAAUUUCAGUGAAAUUUCAACACUACGAGCUCGGGACACAUUUUUUCUUCCGGUGUGUGUUUUUAUUUUGUUUUUUUUUUACCUUUCAUUUCAUAUUCACGAUGCAGAAUCUAUAGCAAACAUACAGCAGCAGUGUGCUCCUCCUCCUCCUCUUCCUCCUCUCCUGCCUGUGUGUGUGUGUGUGUGUGAUGCUCAGUAUGAUGCUCAGUUUCCUGCAGAGUGUUUGAUUUUUCUGCUGCAGCAGUGUGUGAGAUGACUCUACACUCUCCCAGGACACAGGCAUGAAGAAAUCCUCAAUUAUUAUUUUUCUUUUUCUUUUUUUCAACAAAACAUCAUGAGAAAGGAGAGGAAGAGUGUGACAUUGUUGUGGUUCGGAAAUCAGAAAUCUUGUUUUCUCACAGUCAGAAUCUUCAGGUUUGUUGAAUUUGUCUUGUGAGGGAAUGUUUUGGUCAGAAAUCAGAUGGACACAGUUUCACCUCGAACCCCGGUGCAGUCGAUCAGUCAGGGUUAGUCUGUUUUUACACACUGUUGGAUAUGUUCCCUAACCUACACAUCAUAAACUACUCGCCUUCCACCAUUUGAAUAAUUUGCAUGCUGUAAAAUCACACGUGUUGGAACACGGCGUCUCGGCUCUGCACCGCCACCUAGUGGACAGAGCUCUUUUUUUUUUUUUUUUUUUUUUUUUUUACACAGGAGAGAACG